AUGGAGGGCCAAAUUCAAUCUCAGAUUCCCGGAUUGGACCGUGUGAUCUCCGAAUACUCGGUGGGAUACUUGACUCACGCCUCCCACCAAUACGUCGAAGAUGUCAACGCCCCUUCCCCCCUGACCGAGGCGGCCGAGUCCGUCACCGAGCUGCUCGUCUCUGCCUCGGGAGAUUUCUCGGACAAGAAUCGUGACGCCAUUACCAGCCUGGUGGAGAAAUUCAUUACAACGCUCAGCUCCUCGAAUGGCAUCGACAUGGAAAGACAGCAGAUGCCCUUCGCGGCGAAGAAACUGGACCAAGCCAUCAAUGUUGGUUCGCAGCGGAACAUGUCUUCGACUCUGGGUUUGACGAGCGGUAACGUGGACUUGGAAUCUGCCAAUGCGCGAAAGGUUGAGUCCAAGGUUGAUAAGAAGAAACUUGAAAAGGCCGAGCGCAAGAUUCGCGCCAAGCAGGAGAAGAAACAGAUGAAGAACGUUGAAUAUGAGUCUUCUCGCCUGCUUAGCCAGCCCGAUGAGACCAUGUCGUACGAGGAGUUCUACAUGGCUGUUAACCCUCUGCAGCUGGGCUCCGAUUCCGCGGCCAAGAGUAAGGAUAUUAAGCUGGACAAUAUCGAUAUCUCUAUUGGUGGUCUUCGUAUUCUUACGGAUGCUUCGUUUACCCUUGCCUACGGUCGUCGCUAUGGUCUUGUUGGUCAGAACGGUAUCGGUAAGUCUACGCUGCUGCGUGCGCUGAGUCGCAGAGAAGUCGCCGUGCCUACGCACGUUUCUAUUCUUCACGUCGAACAAGAGAUUACUGGUGAUGAUACCUCGGCAAUCCAAGCUGUUCUGGAUGCAGAUGUGUGGCGCAAGCACCUUCUUAAAGAGCAGGAGAAGAUCACAUCGCAAUUGAAUGUUCUUGAAGAAGAGCGCUCUCAGCUGGCAGAUACAUCUAAGGAUGCCGCCAGACUUGAUAAUGACAGAGAAGGUUUGGAUAUCACCUUGUCUGAUAUCCAUUCCAAGCUUUCAGAAAUGGAAUCCGAUAAGGCAGAGUCCAGGGCAGCCAGUAUUCUGGCUGGUCUUGGUUUCUCUCCCGAGCGACAACAAUAUGCCACCAAGACCUUCUCUGGUGGUUGGCGAAUGCGUCUGGCGUUGGCUCGAGCCCUAUUCUGCGAGCCCGAUCUUCUGCUUCUUGACGAGCCGUCUAACAUGUUGGACGUUCCGUCCAUCACUUUCCUUGCCAACUACCUCCAAGGAUACCCCAGUACUGUCCUGGUUGUUUCUCACGAUCGUGCAUUCCUUAACGAAGUUGCCACCGAUAUUGUGCACCAACACUCCGAACGUCUGGAUUACUACCGGGGUGCUAACUUCGAGUCUUUCUACGCGACCAAGGAGGAGCGGAGGAAGAUCGCCAAGCGCGAAUAUGAGAAGCAGAUGGCCGAGCGAGCCCACUUGCAAGCCUUUAUCGACAAGUUCCGUUAUAACGCUGCCAAGUCCUCAGAAGCCCAGUCCCGAAUCAAGAAGCUGGAAAAGAUGCCAGUCCUCGAAGCUCCCGAGAGCGAGUACACCGUGCACUUCCAGUUCCCCGAGAUGUCCGAAGUUUGCUUCGGAUAUACCAAGGACAAGCCGCUUCUCAAGGAUGUCGACUUGGAUGUGCAGCUGGACUCGCGUAUCGGUAUUGUCGGACCUAACGGUGCGGGUAAGACUACAGUGCUGAAACUGCUCACGAACCAAUUACAACCCACAAAGGGAUUGAUCUCCACCCAUUCCAGACUGCGCAUUGGAUUCUUUGCCCAACAUCACGUUGAUGCUCUGGAUAUGAACGCCAGUGCUGUCACUUUCAUGGCUAAGACUUAUCCCGGAAGGUCUGAUGAGGAAUACCGGAGACAUCUGGGCGCGUUCGGUAUCACCGGUAUGACAGGUCUGCAGAAGAUGGAACUUCUAUCCGGAGGUCAAAAGUCCCGUGUGGCAUUUGCCUGCUUGUCGCUGACGAACCCUCACAUCCUGGUUCUUGAUGAGCCUUCUAACCACUUGGAUAUUGAGGGUAUGGAUGCGCUUUCCGAAGCGCUGCAGCGAUUCGAGGGUGGUGUUGUCAUGGUUUCUCACGAUGUGACUAUGUUGCAGAAUGUCUGCAAGAGUCUCUGGGUCUGUGACCAGGGAACUGUGCACAAGUUUGACGGUGAUGUUAAGGCCUAUAAGAAGCAGAUCACCGCUCAGGCUGAUGCGGCGGGUGUUGUGGCAAAGCACUAG